UUAGCGAAGAAUACAAGUUCCAAGUGGUGUAGCUAGCUGUGGUGUCGUUUCAUAUUAACUAGUCUUCAAAUCAAUUGUGGAGCUAAAAGGAAGGGAUCUUCACCUUGCAGUACAAUGCUACCCUGUAAAACUUAGAUGGGCUUACUUCCAGUGUUCCAAUCUGCUGGGUUGGCCCAAAACAUGCUGCCUGAAGACAAGACACAAACACAUACUCCUGUUCCAUGCAUGUACUGAAGCUGGCUGGACUUGCAGCUGAACCUUCCACUGCAUGAAAGGGCAGCAGGGCAGCUCAGGGGUUGCAAGGCAUGCUGGGUAGCACACCCAGCUCUGACCUCUGACACCUCGACCCCAUUCCCACCUCUCACAUCUCCUGCCUGAGGGUUCAGAUUCUACACUGAUGCAAGUGCACACGCCUACAAGUGACCAAAAUAAAUAAACAAAUAAAUUUUGACCAGUUUUAAAAUCUCUUUGCUGGCUGCCAAUUAGUUUCCAGGGCUCGGGCGGCUGUGUCAUGGCAACGAUCGUGUCCGAGAAGCUCAGCCGCCUUUUCAUCAACGCCCAGCACUUCUGGAAAGUCCCCCGUCUCCUGGAGGAGGCGCUCCCCUCUCUCUCCUGCACCGUGGGGGUGUCGGACGUGCCCCAGCUUUUCCAGAAGCCUUAUAUCCAUGCCGGCUACCGCCCCGUCAACCGGACUUGGAGGUAUUACUUCCUGACGCUCUUCCAGCGCCACAACGAGGCGAUCAACGUCUGGACGCACCUGCUGGCCGCUUUGGUCCUGGUGGUGCGGUUCUGGCAGCUGGCCCGGGUGGUGGAUUUCCACGGCGACCCACACGCCCGGCCCCUCUUCGUCAUCGCGGCCUCCUCCAUCACCUACGCCACGUUCAGCACCCUGGCGCAUCUCCUGCAGGCCAAGUCUGAGUUCUGGCACUGCGCCUUCUUCUUCCUGGACUACGUAGGGGUUGCCACGUACCAGUACAGCAGUGCCUUGGUGCACUACUAUUACGCCAUUGAGCCGGAAUGGCAUGCUCGGGUCGGCGGCUUCUUCAUUCCGGGAGCCGUCUUGCUGGCCUGGCUCUCCUGCGUCGGCUCCUGCUAUGCCAAAUACCGGUGCCCCCAUCUCUCUUCCGUGAUGGGCCGUCUGUGCCAGGAAAUGCCCUCGGCCAUGGCCUACGCCUUAGACAUCAGCCCAGUGCUUCACCGCAUUUACACCUCCCCUUCCUCGGGUCUGGCGGACCCGGCUGUCCUCUACCACAAGUGCCACGUCCUUUCCUUCCUCGUUGCGGCCUUCUUUUUCACCUACCCCUACCCUGAGAAAUGGUUUCCAGGGAAGUGCCACUUCGUGGGGCAGGGACACCAGAUCUUCCACAUCUUCCUCGUCCUGUGCACCCUCACCCAGGUGGAGGCGGUGCUUCUGGAUUACAGGGCCAGGCGGGCCGUCUACUCCCGGCUGCAUGGCGGCCUGGCGCCGCUUUUCUCUGCCCUGAGCCUUCUGGUGGUGCUGUGCUGCAGCCUGACGGCUCUCUACAUGGCUGCCAAAGUGAGGCACAAACUGCGUCAGAAAGAGGAGUGAAAGAGAGAGAUGAGGCAGGGGGGGAUCGAUCCACCGGCUUCCUUGCUUACUCUCCCUCUGGGCGCGUCCGUGCUGUUGUAAUUUAGGAGAACGGGCAUUUUGGCGGGGAUGGGCGGUGCUUUUUGCAGUAAGGGGAGCAUUGCUUGCUCCCUUCCGGGAUGCUUAUGAGGGCUGGGUGGGCGGCUCAAAGACUGCACUGGAAAAGAUGUGGCGUGAGCAGAUUCCCCUCAUGCAGCUGUGCAACUAGGGUGGGUCUUUGGGGCCCCACAGCCCAGGGCCCCCCAAAAGUAGCAGAUGUUGCGGGCAGUAGCAAACAGGCCUGGGGUCAGCUGAUGGCCAGAAGUUGCUGCAGCAUCCUUUCUUGUUUUUAAAAACAUUUUAUAAUCGGGGCCAGCUGGCUGGGCAUGUACAUGGUUAGAGAUACUCACGUUAUUGGUACUUUAAAAACUUACUCUCCUUUUCUACAACAAAGUGAUGCUUAUUCCCAAGUCAAAUGUGUUUAGCGGCAGGGUAGCAUGAGCAAAUUCCAUUUUUUUGCCCAUGCGCAGUGCUACACUUUAAAAUGUGGGACUGUGCAUGUUCAGAAUAUUGCUUUUUUUCCCCCAUGUGGUUUAGCUCUGACAUAUCAGAGCGGCAAAAAACCGGAAUGGCAGUGGAAGAGAAGAGAAAUGCGGGUUUACACGUUUCACAACUGCAAUAAUGCACAUGGGCCAUCUAAAGAGCAUUAAGUCCAGGGACUAAAAUUACCUAGCUGCAUCACUGCCAUUGCAGGAGGAAGAGGUACUUUUUCCUGAACACAAUUGAAACCUUGCUUUCCAGGCAGACAGUCUGUCCCGUAAGAAGAGCGCAUGGCUCUUAUACUCCCUCCGCCCAACACACAAUCUCUAACUCACCUUUCAGGCUGGCCUUCGAAAUUUAAAGUGGUCAGAUUUCAGGCCUGCCUGGAUCGACUUCUUUGUUUCCCCCCACCCCCUAGAUCUGCCAAAUGGUGCCCGGUGCGAAAGACGCACACUUCGGAUGAAAGAGUCUGGAGUCCAGCAAUUUGUUCGGAGCGCCAGAACCUAAAUGGAGCUCUCUGAGCUUCCAGGCAAAUCUGCUCCUGGUUAGCCUAAGCGUCCUUCCUUCAAGGGUGAUGUUGAGAGCAAGGGGCUCAUUUUAUGGCUGCUGUUGCUCAGCAAACUGGGAGCCAGAUAUCCUUCGCACCUCUGCUGCGAAUCCUGCAGAGAUCUUUCAGUAGUUGCCAGUAUGCUUUCUUUCCGCCCCUGUUCUUAAUGGGAGAAGAGCUUCAGGAGAGGUGGAUCAGGGAUUGUACAGUGUAAAAAGAAAGGGUGUUGUCCUUAAGAAAACGUACAACUAGCCAGAUUCAAAGGGUUAAGGAAAAAGACAAUUUUAACAAGGUUUUAUCACAUAAACACAAUUCAACAACUGUAUUAAACAAUUAAAAUGCACUGGCAUCUACUGUAUACAUCUGAUUGUGUUAAUGUUAUACAGGAAUACCAAAAGAGAAAUUGAAAAAGCAGGUCAAACACGUUUCGUCACCGGGGUGUCUUCUUCAGUGACCCCUGCAAAGAUUAAAACAUACAAAAACACUCAUUUAAAAUACUAUACUAAGGGUGAAGAGAAUAGCAGAAAGAUAUGUAACCCAAAUUGAGCCAAAUAUUUUAAUUGUUUAAUACAGUUGUUGAAUUGUGUUUAUGUGAUAAAACCUUGUUAAAAUUGUCUUUUUCCUUAACCCUUUGAGUUUGGAUCAGGGAUUGUGCCAGGUCCGCACCUAGCGAAGUGGGAGAGCCCUUCAAGGGUCUGUGCACCCUGAGCGGACUCUGACCUUACUCCAUGCCUGCACUGGCUGUGAUGAUAUUUCAGCACGUCUGACCUAUGCAGUCACAGACUCAGAUUCUACAGCCUAACCUCCUCCAAGCGGGCACCCUCCAGAUGGGUUGGACUGCAACUCCCAGAAUUCCCAGCCAGCAUGCUGGCUGGGAAUUCUGGGAGUUGCAGUCCAACCCAACUGGAGGGUGCCCACUUGCCAAAGCUUAUCUGCAUGACUGACCGAGGGAUCUUUGCAGGACUGAGUCAGACCGUGGUGCCUUCAUAGCUUGACUUCUGCUUUGCACGGCGCAGGGAUGUCCCAGAGGGGAAACGUUGUUGCCUUUUUCAAGGGAAGUUUCCUGCACUUCUAGCUGACCGUUCUGGAAAAUCCCACCUGGACGUGCCUUAAGGAAUGGAUCUGCAUAAACCAUCGGAGGCGGAGAAGCUGAGUUGUCAUGUUUUCAGCACAGCAGUGACCGGUCUGGAGGGUGUGGUUUGGGCAAAUGUUACACGUCUAGGGAUAAAGGACAGGCGGGAGAAAGGGAUGGACUUCUGUGACUGGCAUGUAAAGAAAAUGGAAUGAAGAAGCAAUCACACACGGCCACAUGACAUAAUGGUGGCCACCAAUUUGGAUGGCUUUAAAACGGGAUUGGACAAAUUCCUGGAGGAGGAGGCUAUCCAUGGCUACUAGUCCUGAUGGCUAUGUGCUACCUCCAGUAUCAGAGGCAAUAUGCCUAUGUACACCAGUUGCUGGGGAACAUGGGUGGGAGGGUGCUUUUGCACUCAUGACCUGCUUGUGGGUUUCCCAUGGGCAGCUGGUUGGCCACUGUGUGAACAGAGUGCUGGACUAGGUGUACCCGUGGUCUGAUCCAGCAGGGCUCUUCUGUCCUUAUGUGUUACACUCCAUCAGGAAUUUAGGAAGCUGCCUCAUACAAGGCCAAACCAUUUCUGCACCUAGCCUACUAUUGGGCCUGCUCAGAAAACACACUAAGCCAUGGUUAGGCCACUAACCCUUUUGCAGUAAAUGGUUAGUGAGCAUGUUUAAACCAUGGUUGUGUAGCCACCAUGGUUAGGAAUGGUUCACACGGCACACUAAGUCAUGUUCACACCACACGCUAAGCCCUAAUGUUGACCUCAAUGUGCGUAACCACCAUGGCUUAGCGUGUCGUCUGAACAAGGGUCACUGUCUAUUCCAGCCUUCUCCAAAUUGGCACCUCCCAGAUGGUUUGAACGACAAGCCUCAUGAUCCCCAACCAUAGCCCAUGAUGCCUGGGGUCGAUCGGAGCUGUCGUGAGGCAGGUGCUUUUCAGUUGUUUUGGAUUACAGCCCCCAUCAGCUCUGGCUAUUGACCAUACUGGCUGGGGCUGAUGAGUGUUGUCAUCCAAAAUAUCUGGCGAGGGCCAGGUUGGGGAAGACUGGUUUAUUCUGACUGGCAGUGGGUCUCCCAGGUCUCCUCUCCAUCACCUGAUCCCUCGCCCUUUCACCUGGAGAUGCUGAGGUUGAAACUGGGACCGUCUGCAUGCCAAGUAGAUGCUUCUACCAUGGUGCUCCAUCCCUCUCCGGGCAGAUGUCACUGUGAAACUCUAGUGGACAUGGUGGAGAUGGCUGUUCCCUGUUGAUUGUCCCCAGCAUCUGGUGAUCACCAGUAUAAAAAUCUGUCUACACAGGUGCCAUUUACAGACUAAUUUAAAAAUGAAACCAAUGGGUCAGUGCUCUGGAGUGUUCCAACAUGCACCCCCAUCUGAAGUGUAAAGUGGUAUUGUUCCGGGGUGUGUGUGCAGCAGAUUAUAUUUCUGAGUAUGUAAAAUUUGGCUUACAUCCACGUACUGGAUAUGGUGCAAUUCAGUGUGAUGUAUAACGAUAAAAUUCAGGGGUUCUGCAGAAUUUUGCGGAAAGGAAACCUGGAAGGAUGAAGAGGUUUGCGCAUUUUCCUGCCUGUCUGAUAUUUUCUACAUUUUAAUUGGUCCAACAUUUGUUUCUAUAAAACACUUUUUACAAGCCAAA